UGAGCGAUGCACCUUCCAGAGAACGCCAGCGGGUUCUAAGCGUGUCCAGCACGUGUCGCGUCCUCCAGCCGAUGCUUCCACCUGCUCUUUGAUGCUGCCGCUGUUUUGCUUUUUACGUCAGUUCGAUUUCUGAGCAAGCGCGAGUUUUUUUUUAAUUUUACGCCAGGCUUUUGCGAUUGCACAUCUCUGAACACUGACUGUUCCCAACAGGCAAAUCCUUCUUCCUCCUUCUCCUCCUCCUCCUCCUCCUCCUCCUCCUCUUUCUUCUCCUUAGAAAACAGAACGACUCUCUGUGUGGGAGGAUAUCCGCAGGCCUUACUCGCGUCCCGCUUUAUGUCCACGUGCAAAGUGAUGUCAAUGCAAGCCAGUCGACGACGAUGGUAAAGGAAACGUCCAACUCGUCCGAGUAGCGAUUCUACGGUCCUGUGUCUUUUUUUGGGGGGAGGGGGAGGAAACGACGACGAGACUACUGGGAGAAGUGACAGACGUCAGAGAAGAGGAGGCUGGACUUCAUCUCAGGUGAGCGGGAGUAACCAAGAAGCCAUGUUGUCACUGGACGAGCCGCUGGACCUGAAGCUUCCAUCAGGGAGGACCAACGGGAGUGUGAGAUUAGGGAAGAGGAGUUCUGCCUCUAUCUGUGCCCCGCUCACCGUCACACGGCCACGUCUUCUUCGCACCACCUUCCCUUCACCGCCAUCUUCCCCAGAUUCCCAGUCUCCUUCCCAGGAGCGACUCGGGUCCUGCUUCAGCCCACCAGCCAUGGACCUCAGCCAGUCCCCUUCUUUCCGACAGGCCUCCUCCCCUUCACCUUCCCCCUCUUCGUCCUUCUCUUCCUCCCCUUCCUCCCCUCUGGAAUCCCCUCACAGCAGUGGCAGCCCGCUGCCUCAUCUCUUCACACAGGAGCGAAUCCAUCCUCAGCAAGCCGAGGGAAGAGCUUCAGUGCAAGGCUAUCACUUCUACUUGCCCAUCAGAAGCCCGGGGGCCGGGUACAACUUCCCCUCCUCAGGGUUUGUUGGUCAGAAGAAGGAGGAGCGAGCUUCGCCCGCGCGCUCCUCAGAUGAACCGCUGGCCUGCCGUUGGAUGAAGUGCCACCUGCUGUUUGACUCGCUCCAGGAUUUGGUGGAUCACAUCAACGACUACCACGUCAGGCCUGAGAAGGACUCUGGGUACCGCUGCCAGUGGGAGGGCUGUGCUCGUAACGGGAGAGGCUUCAACGCCAGGUACAAGAUGCUGAUCCACAUCCGCACGCACACCAACGAGAAGCCGCACCACUGCCCCACCUGCAGCAAGAGCUUCUCACGUCUGGAAAAUCUCAAGAUACACACUCGCUCACACACAGGAGAGAAACCUUACAUCUGCCCUUACGAGGGAUGCAGCAAGCGGUACUCAAACUCCAGCGACCGCUUUAAGCACACGCGCACCCACUACGUGGACAAACCCUACUCCUGCAAGAUGGCCGGCUGCCUGAAACGCUACACGGACCCCAGCUCGCUGCGUAAACACAUCAAAGCCCAUGGACACUUCGUAGCCCAGGAGCAUGGCUCCCCGGGCAGACUGGAGGCAGUGAGGAGCCUGCAGGGGGCCCAGGGAGCCCAAGGGGCCGCUGAGUCGCCCUACAUGAGCAGUGCCCGCAUCAUCAUCCCUGGGGCUGCAGCGAGUCUCCUUGGGGGGCUUGGCGCCACCCUGCCACUCUCUGCCCUUUGCCAUGCCAGAGCACUGGGCCACCAGGGGGCGCCAUUAUUCUCCCUAGGAGGUGGUGGAGGAAGGAGCAGCAGGGAGGCGCUGGGCCUGCACGACGCCCCCUUGAUGCCGUUUGGACUGUCGGCUGUGUCCAUGCUAGGGCUGGGUGCUCUAGGCUUGGGGAGGGUAGGGGUCGGGGAGGAAGAGGAGGAAGGGGAGGGCGAGCGAGAGGGGGAGGUGCUUAACCUGUCUGCCAGAGUUGGGACCACACGGGGUGACCCCUUGUCUUGGGUUGUGGUACCCCCCGGGGCUUUUCUCCUCAAACCAGCUGUUGUCAGCUAGAAGAUGAACUCACAUGCCUCCAAAUGCUUAUUUCAAGGGAACGGUGUGUGUGUGUGUGUGUGUGUGUGUGUGUGUGUGUGUGUGUGCUGUUAAUGUAGACAUGUGACUAAACGUGUGUGUCCUUGUGAAUGUAUCCAGGUGUGCCGGUUGGGAGGGACUUGGCAGAUUGGGCCAAUUUUUGUUUUUUAAUGGGACUAAAGGCCACUGUUCCCUGCAAUAUACCCAGUAACACUUUAAACCAUUCCAGGCCGGAAACCAACUAAAUGUUACCCGCAUGAUGGUCGACAACCCCGCUGGACUGCUCGCACAGACCCGUGUGGCAAAUUCAUACAUCUGUGUAGUGAAAAGGGCAGUACCGGAAGGGGGCAAACGGCAACGUACUGCAUAACCGACAACGUUACUCUCGUACAGCUUGAUGAGGAAGGCUACCCGUUUCACCAGCGCUACCCCGCCCUUCAGCGGGGCGCAUCCCGAAUCCCGUUAGCAGCGUUAAGAUAGAGUGCAAUAUGGAGUCCAAAGUGAUUGUUGAUAGAAGUACUUAAAUACUGAUCGAUGGUUUGAAAGAAAAGCACAUUACUGAUUAUUAUUAUUGAUUAUUAUGGAGGUCACAAGUCACUUCAGACCUUUGCGUACAAACCAGUCGUGUUUACUACAAGGGAGUGAUCUGUGUUUUUGAAAUACUGACUAAUGAGUUUCAGGCGGCAAAAUUAUUCACUUUGGAAUCGGACCUGCAGCAUUUUACCAUCAUAACCCUGCUGUGUGUGACGGGGAUUUUCAAGACGACUUUCGCCCUCGGUGUUAUUUUGAUUAGGUAACAUAUUUUUCAGUUAUGCUAUCACACACACACACACACACACACAACAAAUGCACACCCACGUGACUCCUUAUCACGCAGCAGAAACGUAAGUAAGAAAACAGGACAACCUGCUCGUCUCUAACCCAGAUUUCGAAACGCAGAACUUCUCACCGCGUGCGUGAUUUCCCCGGGGAAACGUGGAAGUUGUUCGUACAUCUCAAGCACAAUAUUGUACACAGCUCUGUUUUUACACAACACUCCGUCUGACAAACCCAAAUAUGUUUUGAGUCUCGGAAAAAAAAAAGAAGAAAAUACACAAUACGAACAGUGAACUUUACUGAAGGUAAUUUGACGGUUUCUCCCCACGCUGGCAGUUUAGUAUAUUUAAUUGCUUUCUUAAUUGUUCUAAUGACAACGAUCUGAACAGGAUCUGCCUUACAGCAAGUCAGACAGGAGCCACAUAAAGUUUGGUUAAAUGACUUGUAUUGGCCGGUGAUACACAUGAAAUGACUUGUAUUGGCCGGUGAUACACAUGAAAUGACUUGUAUUGGCCGGUGAUACACAUGAAAUGACUUGUAUUGGCCGGUGAUGCACAUUAAAUGACUUGUAUUGGCCGGUGAUACACAUGAAAUGACUUGUAUUGGCCGGUGAUGCACAUUAAAUGACUUGUAUUGGCCGGUGAUACGCAUGAAAUGACUUGUAUUGGCCGGUGAUACGCAUGAAAUGACUUGUAUUGGCCGGUGAUGCACAUUAAAUGACUUGUAUUGGCCGGUGAUACACAUGAAAUGACUUGUAUUGGCCGGUGAUGCACAUUAAAUGACUUGUAUUGGCCGGUGAUACACAUGAAAUGACUUGUAUUGGCCGGUGAUACGCAUGAAACGACUUGUAUUGACCGGUGAUGCACAUUAAAUAACUUGUAUUGGCCGGUGAUACGCAUGAAACGACUUGUAUUGGCCGGUGAUGCACAUUAAAUUACUUGUAUUGGCCGGUGAUACACAUGAAAUGACUUGUAUUGGCCGGUGAUGCACAUUAAAUGACUUGUAUUGGCCGGUGAUACACAUUAAAUAACUUGUAUUGGCUGGUGAUACACAUGAAAUGACUUGUAUUGGCCGGUGAUGCACAUGUGCUUAAGAAGUGUCUUAGACGUACACCCGAGCACCUGGCCAAUAUGAAAGAGACGAUGGCAAGCAAUGGUUCAAGAUGCAAAGAAUUUGCCAAGUUAAGUGUCUUUAAGGUCAAAGGUCAAACCUCGACAAUGGCCAGAUGCGGCCAGUAACCCUUCUGAGUUUACUUAUCAUAUAUCCAUGUUUGCACACUUAAUAAGUGUACUAUUGUAGUCAGUAUCUUAAACAAGUGCCUUGUGUUACACCUGCAAUACACAACAUACACACAGCAUAUGAGUUAAAUGUAAACAAAUUUAAAGACGUAUAAAUGUACUUUUUGUGUUUUUUGUUUCAAAGGAUGAAUUGUAAUGACGAGAUGUGAUAUAUACAUCACGGCCACUUCAGUUUUUUUUUUUUUUUUUUUUAUGGACGAUGACGAUGACUCGAUGUCAGUAAAGGAGUAAUGUU